UGUUGUUCAUAUGUGAUUAAUACUUUCAACUAUUCAACUUUUUAUCACCCAUUUGAUUUUAUUCUCUUAUUCAGUAUCCUCUUGUCUCUCUCUACCUGUCUCCUGGAUGGAUUGUAUUUACUUACUGCCAAGACUGUAGCUAUGGAUUAUUAACUGAUCCUGUAGAUGAAGAUUUGGGUUUAAAUUCUUAUUUGAUGAUAAGUUUUACUGUUACCAUGGGCAAGUUCCUUAACCUCUCUGAGUCUGGUUUUUCUUAUCUGUAAAAUGAGAAUAAUUAUAUUUGUAAAACAAACCUAAUUUAGUUUGUCAUGAAGCACAAAUGAGUUAUUGUGUGUAAAGCGAUUCACAGUCCUUAAAGCAUUAUAUAAACCUCAGUUAUCAUCAUAAGCUACCUAUACAACUUAUGGAAUGAAAUCAUAGAUCUAUUAGUCAUUUCAUCAGUCCUUUGGGCUGCCCCCUUUAUUUUAUGUAGGAGAAAACAGGUCCUAAGAGGGUAAAUUACUAGUUCUAAGGUGACACAGGCAAUAAGCAUCAAAGACAGAUUUGAUCAAGGUACUCCAAUUAUAGGCCAGGUUUCUUCACAUAGUACUAGAUUGGCGUCUUCAAAUUAGUCAUCUCUAAUAUCUCUGAAAUUACUUUUGAACAUAUUGAUAGUCUAUCUUCUACAGAUUGUAUGUGUGUAUGCUUUAAAAAAGCUUAAGUGUUUUUGGCUAUCCAUGAUGGAUAGUGGCUUCGUCCUAAAGUAACACUUUUAUAGUAAUGAACACUGAGGUUGAUCAAUAAAACUCAUUUGGAUUCUUGUUUCUCCAGUUUAGGACUAGCACUUCAUUUCUCCCCAAAAAGGAAACGAUGGAGUUAAAGUGGGGUGGAGUGAAGGGGUGGAGCCAGUACUCUCAAGUCCCCCAGGUGUUGAGUCUUGAAGGAUCUGUUUUUUUUUUUUUUUUGCUCCAGAUAGAAAGAACCUGUUUGUUAUCCCUACUCAAUCUUCCACAAGCUAACAAUGGUACUUGGGAGUCAGGUGUAAAGAAUAUUUUGUCCACUAUAAAAUGAAAGAACAGCGUUUAACCUGUGCCUCUACUCUACCCUUCCUCAAUCCCUCUACUUUAGUUGGGAAGUGGAGAUCAGAGAAGGGGAACAAAAAGGAUGGUUAAGAAGAAAGAAACCAAGAGGAGAAGGGAAAAAGGAAAAAGGCAAGGAUGAGAGUAGUAAGACUGGAGAAAGGAAUAGGUAGGCAUAUGUAAAUGGCCUCUAAGAUCCUUCUAACUCAGAGAUUCUGUAUAGAAUAGUUGCAACAGUAACUGGUCUGUUUUGGAAUCCAGUUUCUCUUGUGUCUUUAAGGAGUCACCUUAAUCCGUUGGUCAAUAUAGUUUCAAAUACCUUUGUUGUUGCUCCUACUUCCAUUUCUAGCCCAGGCUUAAAAAAAAAAAAAAAAGACACGCACACAUACAGUCACACAUAUAUGUGUGUGAUUUAUUUUAAUUCCAGUCUGUGGGUCCGAGGGAGAUGAGUUAGCAGGGAGGUAGAGAAAAGCUUGAGCUAAACCUAUUGCUUCGCUGGUUUUGCUCCCUCCCCAGCAGAGCUGGGUAGGGACAACUGAGGCUUCCUAGGACUCCUCCCCAGGAAUAUGAUCAGGGAGGAUAAGAUCAUGCUUGGAAUCGUCCCUACUGGUCACUGGCACACACCCAAACCGUCAAGCUCCAACUCCCGGGACCUUGGCGGCUGCCUACGACAGAUGCCAAUCACUGGCUGCCUCUGAUCCGGGCAGUGAGCUGAGUAAAUCAGAGUAGGGCAAGAAACCGGAAAAAAUAUCACAGUCAUCUGUGCAACAAGCUUCCUAUGAAUGUAUAUAUAUGACCUUGUGUUUGAAAGCAGCUGGUCCUUUCCCACCACCUAAAGGAAGCGGAGUAUACACACCAAGAACUUCGAAGGGUCUGAAAGCUGUUGACUGUUUCCAAAGGAAUAUUGUUUGCUAGGCACAAGGUGUCUUGAGAGGGAGCAACCUCGGGGCGCAUGCGCAAACCCAUUCCGGAAUUAUUGCUGUGCCUUGGACUAAGUUGCAUUCCUUGAAUCUUCACAGAAAAGAGAAUUCUUUAAUCAGAGUUAGGAAUGUGGACAGUUCAAAAUCGGGAGUGCCUGGGGAUUCUGUCUUUCCCUGUGAUGAUAGCUAUGGUCUGUUGUGCACAAAGCGCUAAUGAGCCCAGCAACAUGUCAUACGUGAAAGAGACAGUGGAUAGAUUGCUUAAAGGAUAUGACAUUCGCUUAAGGCCAGACUUUGGAGGUCCUCCAGUUGAUGUGGGCAUGAGAAUAGAUGUCGCCAGCAUUGAUAUGGUUUCUGAAGUCAACAUGGACUAUACGCUUACAAUGUAUUUUCAGCAGUCUUGGAAAGACAAAAGACUGUCUUAUUCUGGAAUUCCAUUAAACCUCACUCUAGACAACAGGGUAGCAGACCAGCUCUGGGUGCCAGACACAUACUUCCUGAAUGACAAGAAAUCAUUUGUGCAUGGGGUUACGGUGAAGAAUCGAAUGAUCCGUCUGCAUCCUGAUGGAACAGUCCUUUAUGGGUUACGGAUCACAACAACAGCUGCUUGCAUGAUGGAUCUGCGAAGAUAUCCUCUAGAUGAACAGAACUGCACACUAGAGAUUGAAAGUUAUGGUUACACUACUGAUGACAUUGAGUUCUACUGGAAUGGAGGAGAAAGUGCAGUAUCGGGAGUUAACAAUAUUGAACUGCCUCAGUUUUCAAUUGUGGAUUACAAGAUGGUGUCAAAGAAGGUGGAAUUCACAACAGGGGCAUAUCCACGGUUGUCACUGAGUUUUCGACUUAAAAGAAACAUUGGUUACUUCAUUUUGCAAACUUACAUGCCUUCUACACUGAUUACGAUUCUGUCCUGGGUAUCUUUUUGGAUCAACUAUGAUGCAUCUGCGGCCAGAGUUGCACUAGGAAUCACCACGGUGCUGACCAUGACCACCAUCAGCACUCACCUCAGGGAGACUCUGCCAAAGAUCCCCUAUGUCAAAGCGAUCGAUAUCUACCUGAUGGGCUGCUUCGUGUUCGUGUUUCUGGCACUGCUCGAGUAUGCCUUCGUAAAUUACAUAUUCUUCGGGAGAGGUCCUCAGAAAAAGGGAGCUGGAAAAACUGACCAAGGGGCUAAUGAGAAGAACAAACUAGAGAUGAACAAAGUCCAGGUUGAUGCUCAUGGCAACAUUCUUCUUAGCACCCUCGAAAUAAGGAACGAAGCCAGCGGUUCAGAAGUGCUUACAAGUGCUAGCGACCCCAAAGCUACCAUGUAUUCCUAUGACAGUGCAAGCAUACAAUACCGGAGACCCCCCACCAGCAGAGAGAUCUAUGGCCGAAGCGCGUUGGAUCGCCACGCCAUGCACAAUAAGGGGCGUAUCCGGAGGAGGGCAUCACAGCUUAAGGUCAAGAUCCCGGAUUUGACUGAUGUGAAUUCUAUAGACAAGUGGUCAAGAAUGUUUUUUCCAGUCACUUUUUCUCUUUUUAAUGUUGUCUAUUGGCUUUACUAUGUGCACUAAAUUCUGUAAUGAUAUCUUAAUUUAGACCAUUUUCCUCUUCCAUUGUUUUGCUUAUCUCACAGGUCUCCAGCAGUUACACUGCUAUAUUUUUAAGGUAAGAUAUUCAGCCAUCCCCUUGGUUUUAGCUCCUACAUACCAGUUUUAUUACUGUACCAUGUUUACUUCAAAUGAGAAUAGAAUUUUCCCCCUAGUACAUUUCAGCCCAGAUUAUUAGCUCUUUGGGAGCAGCUUUAAAACAAUCACUAUCACCAUGUUUACAAAAAUAAAAAUAAAAGAAAGAGAGAUCUAGUGUAACUUUUCCUAAUAUCUCUCAAUUUGAUUUUAUUUUCUCUCUUUUUUUUUUAAAUGAAAAUGAAAAGAAAACCUUGCUCUUUUCUUAUACUGCUUCCUGGUGAUCUGUAACAUCAUGCUGCCAAAAAAAAAAUUCUAAUGUCUCAGAACAAGCCAUUGACAAGUUACAGAUUCUCAGGAAAUCUCUGUUCCCUCCACCCCACAAAAGAGGGAAAACAAGGAAUCCCAAAGAGUGAGGAAGAUGCUCCCACCACCUCCCCACCCCACCACAUCUACUCUAUACCUAGUUUGAAGGUUUUCCUAAUCUGUAGGGUAGAAAGUCGAGGCGGUGGGGGUGGAAGGGAGACAGAGAUGUCAGCAAUUUGCCUUUACUUGUGCUUGUCCCAAGUGUGUAUCAAGGUCCUGCAAUUCCCUGCUAUACCUUUAAGCCAGCUCCUCUGGAAAAGACGUAUUUCUAGGACUGUCGAGCAAAAUGCAAAUUAACUUUAGAACCAAGCUUGUUUGUUAUUGUGAACAUCUUUUCCUCUUCUGAAUUAGAAAAGUUGGUGGCAAUGUACCAUUUUUCUAAAGGACCAUUCCAACUCAAAGCCCUUGCCUCACAUCAUUCAUCCCUUCCUGUUGGUAUUCCUUGAUGCUCUUCUACCAUAUCAUAAAGUUGCUGCUCCAAAUGAAAGAUACCUAAAAAAGAGAGACAGAAAGACACAGAUAUAGAGAGAAAUACACAGAGGCAUACAGAAAGGCACCAACUCAGACACAACGAGAAAAAGAGACCCAUAAACACUUCCAGAAGCAAACACAAAGAGAGAUCACCGACAGAAGAGGGAGGAGCAGGGGGGGAAAGGGAAUGAGAAGAGAGACAGACUGACCGACAGGCAGACAGACAGAAGAAGUCAAUGUUUUAUUGAAAAAUUAGUUUUUCCUUUCCAAAGGGGAAGCAAGCUAUAUAUGCUGGGAAAGUAUGUGAACUGUCAAACAUAAUGUGAAAAAGUUGGCAUUUCUCAAGUCACAUUCAAAUUGGCAGAGGAGUCAGCUGAGAGUUCAGAACGAGUUUGCUAAGGCACUUUAUGAUCAUGAAGAAAUGAGCUUCCUGCUGGUUAGCAAAAUAAAUGUAGAUAUUCUACACAUGCUCCACAAUAGGAAAUGCAAAAUGAAUACAUUGGGACAGUCCUGAGAAAAGCAAAAAGAUUGCUCUUUUUUUAUUGAGAAUCUGUCUCCAUUAUCAGUAUACGCCUCUAAGCAGUAACACCAUGAAUGGUUUUCAAGGGAAAAAAUAAUUAUUGGGCCUGCAAAAAUGACCUUCUAGGAACAGGAAGGUAUAAUUUCUAUUCCACCUGAACACAGCAAGGAGGGAUAAGCUUCUUUUUCUCUUCCCUCAUCUUCUUUUUCAAGAUACCCCCUCCUUCCUUCCUUUACCUAACUGGAAAAAAAGUAGCCACUACUUGCCAAGGGCAUAAAGGAGGUGUUUUUCUUUUUGGUGGCCCCUGUCUCCUUCCCUUCUCUUCUCCCUCUCCUUCUCCUCUCCCUCUCCUUGCCCCUAGCUUCUCAGAGCCCUUUACUUAUACAAAUGGGAUUCUUUCUUGCCCUCUUCUUUGCUCCCUAUACACAAUGGUACAUACAGACGUUGUUAAACAUUCUUAAUCACCCUUAGCUGCAGUCCAACUCUGGGAGAAUCAAGGCUGAACAUUACUGAGAGAAUAAAUAUUUAACCUUCAAUUGGUAAUUUUAGUAAUAUGGUAUAAAAUGGCCAUAAUCUAUUUGGUUGCUAGAGAGAAUAGUGUGUGUGUUGGGGGGGGGGGGGAGAGAGAACAAAGAGAGAGAGAGAAAGGAAGAAAGAGAGAGAAAGGAAGGAAGGAAGGAAGGAAGGAAGGAAGGAAGGAAGGAAGGAAGGAAGGAAGGAAGGAAGGAAGGAAGGAAGGAAGGAAGGAAGGAAGGAAGGAAGGAAGGAAGGAAGGAAGGAAGGAAGGAAGGAAGGAAGGAAGGAAGGAAGGAAGGAAGAGAAAGAAAGAAAGAAAGAAAGAAAGAAAGAAAGAAAGAAAGAAAGAAAGAAAGAAAGAAAGAAAGAAAGAAAGAAAGAAAGAAAGAAAGAAAGAAAGAAAAUUAAGAAUUGGCAUGGGCUAUGUCUUGUUAUAACCAUAAAGACAGAAGUCUAACUUCACUCAAGUUUCCCAAACAUUGCAGUAGAUUCUCCCAGUGUAGAUGCACAAUAGAAACGGUCUCUCCCAUCAUAGCUCUUACUGCACAUUCAUUCCUUUGUAUUCAUGUUACUUUGGCCAUAAUGUUAAAUAUGAUGUGCAUUACAUUUACCAGCUUUAGGAGGCAAAUACUCAGGUAAAAACAUGUUUAGGACUGAAACUACCUGGGAGAGCUUUGCCUCCAUUCUCUUUUGCCAAAUAGGAACAGGAGACUGGCUGGUCAUGUUGCUGAUAGUAGGAGGUGACAUGUUCUCACAGUUCCAACCUUUCUAGUGCUUUACACUGGGAUGUAAACAGGAGAAGGAAAUAUAUCAUGUGCAAAAUGACACUGGCUAAUGAGUCCAAGGGUGGGAUUUUCUUAAAUGAACAUUGUAUAUGAUACUUGGAAAUCUUCUCAAGUACAUUCCUUCUUUCUGGAGUCCGUGACUAUUUUAUAAAUCCAUUUGAGAAGCUUAAUUACAACUUGCCAAAUGAAAAAUAUAUUUCUAAUGCCAGACAGAAAGAAUCUCUAAGAUAUCUUCUAAUGAUGUGUAUUCCUUAGCAUCUUACCAAAGGGUGAUAUUCCACUGUUUUUUCUAAACCAAGAAUAAUCUAAAAAGUGUUUGUUUUAGUCCACUUUGGUUUCGUUGGCAAUUGAGUUGAUGGCAAUGAGAGAACCAAUGUCUCAAGAAAGAAAAAUCAUGCCAAGAUAAAAUUCUAAGAGGAGUGUGGAAUAAUACCUUAGCAGCCUCUAGCAAGGCAGAUGUAAAUGCUCAUGUAAAUUCUGUAUAUAGUUCAUCGAAAUGUUCUGUCAUUUUAUGUUGUGUGUGGUUGUCCAUGGCUUUGAAUGGAUGCUUCAAAAACCUGAGACCUGUAAAUAAUGUUCACAUGUUUUGACAGCUGCAUUCAGUGCUAGCCCGCAUUGUCACCAUCCGGGCCCAAACCAGAAUCUUUCAGCUCUUGUUCAUUCUCAGCCAUUUACUGGUGCAGUUCUGUGACCCUGCUGCAAGGUAUCGCAAGGUCCAUGUGUUCAGUGCCUCCUCCCUCCCCCUCUCCCACUGGCUGGGGCAGUGGCUGUUGACUGUGUCUAAGGGAGAUGGGGGGAUCAGCAACACCAGCAGAACCUGCUAGUGCUGCCUCAUGGGAAGUAGAGGGUGUAACUUCUGAUAAUUCCUUUAAUGGCUAUUUGUUUUUCCAGAUCUCAAUUAUCAGUGCUUACUAAAAGGGGUCAGGGAAAGAAUGAAAAACUGAAAUCUACAAAUAACCCAAAGCUUAGGUUUUGCCAGAACCCUCCGCUUCUCUUGUUCAUCACCUAAAUUCUUCUUUUGAAUCACCUGAUUUACUAACUAGUGGUCAAAAGGGAAGGUUUUAGUUUUCUAAAAUUUUUAGGGUUUUUUUUCUGACAUGUUUACAAUAGUUUCUUGAAGGUUGAUAAUAAGGCAUGAAAUACCCAAAACAAGAAGAAAAGGGAAGUGAAGCAAAGGACUUGGAAUCUACACAAAUCCAAAGGAAUUUACAAAUUGGAUAUAAGAAACAGUUAUAAGAAAAUUAUGGAUAAGAAAUUGUAGGCAGUUAUAUUAUAGUUUUAUUUAUAUAAGAAGAUAUAUUAAAGGACCAAGUGGUCCUAUAAUCAGCCAUGUGAGGUUAUCCAAGCCUUUCUGGAGACAACCUUGUUCCAGAGAAAUGCCCCUAUUCAAACUUCUCUGUUUAGUAAAAAUGCAAAGCCUUGUGAUAUCACAGAUAGAGGAAGAGUUCAAAUUGAGGGUUCACUAUGUACUAAAGCCACUUCUUCAAGUAGGUAUCAGUUUCCUUUUCUGCAAAAUAAAGGGAUUGGAUGAUCUAUAAAAUUCCACACAACUCUCAUAUCCAGUUACAUCUCUGUCAUAACAAGAUUUUUGACAUGUAAAGGAAAGAUUUAUAGGAAUACAUUUUGAGUUCACUUUGAUGAGUGCAGGGGGGAUUCAACUUCACUGACAACUGUCAAUUCUCAAACAAUCUAUCAAGCCUGAAAAUUGCUUAGAAGCAUAAUUUUUUUUUAGGUUCUUUAAACCUAAAAUAAUACGGUCAUGGAUUCUAAGGAUGCUAGGACUAAAGUUAAUUUUCUUUUUUCCUUUCUCCUUGAGUUUUCAUAUCCAAAGGUUUUUCAUGGCCAAAGAAGGAACUCCUAAUAGUUCCUGGUCUACCCUCUGCUCCCCCAACACAUAUCCAUCCUCAUCCUGGAGUAAUAAGAGCUAAUGAAAAAGGCUAAUAGGGUAAGUUCUGGGUGGGGAAAAGGUGAUUGAAUUUGUGCUCCAGUUUGGGCAGGACAUCUACGCUCACAGAACAACUCUGCCUGUCUUGCCUGCCAUGUAGACAAUCAAAACUGAGCAUCCAAAUAACAAUAUAUUUAAUGCCUCAGGUAGACAUGGACACUAGAUCAAAAUGAUCACUGAGAGAAGUUGGAGAGUACCCCAGGGCACCAAGAGUUACCACCUCCCUCUGCUACACAGGGUAGAUAAUCAGGGGAUUUUGCAAUACCCCACUUCUGCCCAUACUAAGAAACUAGUAAAGAGAAGAGGGAGUGUAUUUCCAUACAUGACUUUUUCCUGAAUGUCAAUUAUUGGAAUUAAAGUUACAUAUGCAUAUUUAAUCAGCUUGACUUCUAUUAAGGAUUUCCUUUUCUGAGAUCAUUUUUCUCCUUUGCCAAUUCCUUGUCUGGAAAUUGUUUCAUUUUGCCUCAGGUAACAUGAUUGAAAAGACUUGCUUUCUAAGGGGAUUUUUCCCCCUUUUUUCUCAUUCCCAACUUUCACAAAGUAUCUUGAAAACUCAGUCCAUGAACAUGCAUAUCUUCUAGUCAUAGUCUUCAAAAAAAUGGCUUUAAAAAAAAUCUCAGAUUCCUGCCUCAGUUGCCUUAUUCUCUAAGUAGCUACAUUUAAACCUUUGAGAUGGCAUUGUGGAACUACAUUAGUCACCACCACUGCCAUUCUUCACCAUAUUAUUUCUGUGUAUUUCUAUAUAUGUGAGGAGUGCCCACCUCCUGGAAUACCUGAGUGUGUUAAGAAACCUCCUAUUUCAGCCCAAUUCUGAAUUAAAUUGAACUAUCCUUGUUAACCCUAUAUAUGACACUAAGUCUAUGGGGAUCCAAGAGAUUUAUACAAUAUCUCUGAAAUAUCAACACAAAGAUAUUGCCUCUGAGGUUCCUGCUAUCUCUAAUUCUAUGAUUCUAGGACAACCCCCUGACCUUAAAUCUGCAAUUUCAUGUAUGUACAUAGUACUAUGAAAAUAAUACUAUAUCCAUGGUUUAAUUAUAUCCCUAUAAGUAGACAAGCAGAACUUUGGGACUCAGAAGAUCUGAGUUUGAGUUCUGAACUUGCCACUAUUAACUGUGAGACCUUGGAAGCAAGUCUCUGUAGGUCUGAUGCUCAUUUGGAAGAUAUGGGGAGGAAAAAACAAAUGAUUUAUCUGGUCCCUUCCAUCAUUAAAAUCAUAGACCUUCAGAACUAAUAGGUCAAUAAAAAAAAAUUGAGUCCAAACCCUUCUUUAUGUUUUUUUUAAACAGAUAAGAAAUGAAGGCUUUGAGAGAUUCAGUGAUUUACCCAAGGUCACAAGCUAGUAAGUAGGAAAGCCAAGAUUCCAAACCCAAAAUAGGAUUUCCAUUACAACAUCCCACCUAACAUCUGGCCAAUUACUGAAUUUAUGGACACUUUUCUAUUUUUUUCUCAAACCUUAAUAUUUCUCUUUCCAUGUACCAUAAGUCUAAUAAAUGUAGAGGUUGAAGCUGUCAGUUCUAUUUGUUUUUACUGUUCUGGCCUAAAAUUGCUUUAUGCCUUUCCCUGACCCUUCAACCACUAAUCUCAGUAAAUUCAAUUCAUUACAGCAACUAUUUCUUAAGCAUCCAAUGUGUACAAGGUACUAUAUAAAGUCCUAAGAAUCCAAAUUUGGGAGUAGGAUUGGAGGGUGAUGGCCAUCCUUGUUCAUAAAACUGAAAAGGUAAGUUGGAUGAGAUAGGAAGAAUCUUAAAUGUCAUCCCUAAUAAAUUUUUAUUUUAUCCUAGAAGUAACAGAGCCUUAGUAAAAAACAUUUGAACAAAGGAUAACAUGAUCAGAACUGUGUGUUAGGAAUAUUAUUUUGGCAGGGAAGAUUGUAGAAAUAAUAGACUAAAGAGAGAUCAAUUACAUGACUACUAAAAGCAGUUCCAGUAAGAGGUGAUAAAAUUCUAAAUUAAGAUAGUGACCAUGUAAAUAGAGGAGAUGGACAGAUCAGUUGUCAAGGUAGAAUCUAUAGAAUUUGGCAACAGAUUAGAUAUGGAAAAUUGAGAAAGGCAGAAGAACUAAAAAUUUGAGAGGUUAUGAAUCCCAGUGACUGGUUUCCUUCCUAUUCAAUAGAAAUAAGCAAGUAUGGAGGUGAGAUGGGUAAAAAAAAAUUAGUCUUAGAAAUGAGAAGGGCUAUUUCUUCUACUCAGAUGAAGGCAAAAAAAAAGAGCACAGCAAAAAUAGAGGGAAAGAUGUGUGAUAUUAGUGAAAUGAUGGAGUUCAUGAGAAAGAACCUUGCUUUUCAGUAAAAAAAGAAAAAAAGAAACAUUGGAGGAUGGCUUCAGACACUUCCUAGCUUUGUGACCCUGAGCAAGCCACUUAAUAUUGAUUGCCUAGUCCUUACCACUCUUCUGUCUGAAAACUAUACAUAGUACUGAUUCUAAGACAGAAGGUAAAGAUUGAAAAGCAAAGGAACAGGGAAAGAAUAAAAAGAAUGCAAUAAUCAUCAGUCUAAACUCUUUAGGUGAUCAUAUGAUUAGAACUAGAAGAAACCUCAGGUAAAGAUCUUGUCUCCUAAUUAUUUCUAUCUUACAGAGUAACAGUCUAUAAAUGUUGACUAUACUUCCUGCUCAUAUAAACCCUUUGUGUUAGAAUAUCAGAGGUUAAUUUCUAAAUAAUUGCCAUGGGUGGCAUAAAUAUAAGAAAAUGGCCAGGCUGCCCUACUGAAGCCCCUAUCAAUGGACACUGAUACCACAUGGCCUUCUAGAUAGAUGAACUUUGUUCUUUUUUUUUCCUCAUCUCACUUUAUUCCCUUGGUCAACAAAAGCCUCUCUAGACAGAUGACCUGCUCAUAACAUUGAGACUGAACUAUGAGUAAUUUAUGGCAUUAAGCACCAAGAUGGCUCCAGUAGGAAUCCUAAGGGAGGGUCAUCUCAGGGGACAUCAUCUGAUCACUGUGAUGGUAAUCAGGAAAUAAUUAGGAAAUCUGAAAACUAUCCAAGAGACCAUUUAGUUCUUCUUACAAUUGGUCACUCCUAAGACUUCAUCUAGAAACCCCAUGAUAAAGAUUCUUCUUCACAUGCCACUGAAUUAUUAACCUUCCUGUUUCCUUGUCAAAUAAAUUAUUUAUUCAUAUUUUAAAAUAAUAACUGUACCCUAUGAAUGAUUUACCUUAGGAAGAUAACUUAUUUCUAUUAGAUGAUCUUACUUUCAAUCAUUUCUUUUACUCUCCACCUAUAGCCUUUUUAGAUAAAAUGUACAAUUUAUACCCUCUUUUCCAAUAUCCUAAUCAAAUCAACUAUUUUAACUUGCUUCUUAUAUCUGGAUGCAGCUAUGAAUAUACUGUGGCAAUAUCCCUAAACUCUACCAAUAAAUCCCUUUGUGUAUUUUCUCUAAACUCACUGGAGGAUAGAAUUACAGGUACAUGAUUGUUCAGACUUAGAAACCUUAGUAUUCAUUCAAUUCAGUGAGAUUACCCCUGUAUUCUCAGUCAUAUACACACAAGCACAUAUUUACUAGAAUUAUAUGUUGUAUAAUGUUCUUUUCUAGAGAAUUCAUAUUAUUGAUAAACAACCCAAUUUCUAGAUACCACCCUAUGAUAAUUAUUACAAAAGUAGGAGUGUGUCCAAAUAUCAAAUUCUUUAGAAAGUCAAGAUUUUCUGAACUCUUUUGUAAUGAAUGAAAUACAUUCUCCUUUAAUUUUGAGUGACUAGGUAGCAUUUGGAGUGCCAUGAUGGAAGGCUAACAACCAAUAUGAAGUCAAUUCUUGUGCUUUAAGGUUCAAUAGUAAAGUGAAAUGAAAAGUAUGGACAAUUUUUUUUUCAUUUAAAGAAAAAAUCCUGUUAUUGAUGGAGGGAGUGUUGGGGUAAGAGAACACAGAAGAUCUGAGCUUUCUAGUAUAGUUCUCCAUAUUGAAUUCACUAUAUAAUUUUUCAAUUCUCCCUACCUGACUAGACACAACCUGAAGUAAUAGGCUUAUAUCAAGGAAUCUACCAGUUUUAUGAAGGCAGGAUUAAGCUAUGUUCUUAAAACAAUAAACUGGGUAUCUUAGUAGCCUUCUAACAAUGAAAUUGAACUCUGGAACCUCAUCAAGUAGUAGGUGAACAAAAUUUUUCUAAUCAGCUUCCCUUUUUAGACUAUCGUACUUUAUUAAUAUGGUAUCCUGUUUCUAAAGAAUUGCCUUUUCCUAAAGCAGGUGCCACCCUUAUAGAAGGAAGAUAGAUUCACAGAUGCCUCUCAGACAUAGUAAUAACUUGCAAUUCUUAUGAAAGUGGAAAACAUCACAAAAUGCACAAAGAUGAAUUCAAUUGAAAUAAAUGUUAUGAGAAGAGACUGUAGAACAUGCCCUUUGGAGAAGGAAAGAGAGUGCCAAUUCAAUUUGUUUCUACCUUCCAAAAGAGUACAAGUGCUGUGAGAACCCUCCAAAUUCUAGUGCCCUGGAACAAAGUUCCCAAUUGCCCCUGGUUAUAGCCCUGCUCUCUGAAAACAUUCUAUUUCUGCUAUACUCACCAAAUAUUUCUAGGAUAUUAGACAUUGUGAUUCCUUGUAGUGUUUUAAAAUCUGCAACUAAUCAAUUUACUGAACAAUUCAAAACACCUUAGCAUCCAAGAAAGACCAUUCCUGAAAAGCUAAUUCUUAAUUAUGAAUUUUAAUACCACACACUCUAUUAGAAGAUUGGUAACAUGAUUGGUAUUAUAUGGCUCUUGUAAAUAAAAUACUCCUCUUCCCUUUAUUUUUUUCAGCAGGAAGUACCUAUUUGUUUAAUUACAGACACAUAAAUUGCAAUAUUUUACAAAUGCUCUUUUGACAUACACAUUUGCUUUGUUACAAAAGCAAGAUUGUUGCAGUGAUACUUUUUAUACACUGGUCAUACUACAAAAAUGGUUAAAAUAAUACAAAAUGAGUAUUUCUGAAAACAUGGGGAAAUUUUUACAAAAUGGAACUGGUUGAACAAAUGCCAAGGAUGGGCAGGUUGACUACUUAAUUUUAUAAUUCAAUUUUUCUAUUUUGUAUUGGUAUAUGCUGCAUUUUCUGAUUCCAACUGCUGUCCUGUCCAAUGAAAUUUGUGAACCUCUAUAGAUGCUUUUUACACAUGAAAUCAAACUUUCAUACAGUGUGUGCUUUAUUGUACCCUUUUGUUAGGGAUUUUGUUAAAAGUCUAACAGUCAUUCCUUCUUAUGUGCUUAAAGAUUAGUAUAUCUUUUGUUAUAUCUUUCCUUCAUCAUCUUCAGGCUCUCUGUGCAUAAUAUCCAUGAAAACCUAUAGACUGUGAUUUAUACAAUUAUUCUAAGAUGUAGGUUUCCCUCAAGUGCAGUGAAUCAAAGAACCAGAAACUGUUAAAUGGCCUCUCAUUCUUGGCCCCCUUUGGUCCUUAUGACCUUUUUCUAUUCUUUGUCAUUCAUACAACUUUGUGUCUUUUACAAAUUAUAAUCAACCUUCCGUAUAAUUAGGUAUGGACACAAGAAAUGCUCAUGCGAUUGACUUGAGGACAUAGAACUAUUUUAGCAGUCACAGAACUGUAGUUCAGUCGAUAUUUCCUUCCCCAGUCUUGUAGCUCCAACCUUGUGCAAGUUGUUGUUUCCUUUGCUUUCCUAUCACAAGGUGUUAUAUGCUGCAGUAAACAAUGGAAAGGAAAAAUCCUGAAGAUUAGUAUCGAAACCAUCAGCAGUUAUUUCCCCAACCCUUUUGUGCAGCUUCAGAAAUGUAGAAUUGGCUGUAAAUAUGUAAACUUUAUGUUAGCUUAUUUAUCCUAAGAACACCAAUAAAACAUUCUUUUUUUAUUUUUAAAAAAAAUGCUUACAUUUGAAAAGCGUACUUUGUACUGCAAUUGAAAACAUGCAAGCUUUCAGGAAUCUUUUUAUAGUGUGUUGUCUUUAAGCAGUUGUAGAAAUCUGAAUCUAUCGUUUGUGAACUUUUGUUGUAAAAUGCAAGACAAAGCAAACCUCUUUAUUUGGAAAUCAUUCUUUGUGUUCCUCUCCAACAAUUGGAAAACUAAAGAUACCAGCAUAUUUUCCAGGAAUUUAGUUCUGCUCUACUUAUACAUUGGCUUUUCUAAAUCUUCUUAAGCCACAAACCUAAGUAUCUGGAUCCUCCUUUAGAACAUGCUUAUGUUUAUAUAUUAUAAAAGAAAAAAAAGAAAAAAAAGUCAAUGGAAUUGUCUUGUACUCAAAAUGAUGUGCAAAAUUGAUGUGUCCAUUAUCCAGCCUGUUCACAUUCCACUGUAAAUAUGAGUAUCAGAGGUUGAUCCGUUUAUCAUUCAGUCUCCUGAUUCUAACCACACCGCCUUCUCUCCCCUCUUUGCUCCUCGCCCACACUCUGCUCCCUUCCUUCAAAAAUGUGUUGAUAAUAAAAUGAUGAACAUAAAAAAAAAA